GUGGUUCAAAAGACAAAAUAUAAUGACGAAAUGUUCUUAAUUAUCUAAUGUAGACCCAUUUCCAUGACCCACCAUAAUUUCAAUUGUUCAACAAGAAAAGGAAGCAACCAAAAAAGCAUGGAUGUUGAAAAUUUGGAAGAAUUCUUUCACUAAUAUCUUUGGUUUCAACUUUCAAGUUUCAAGGUGAAAAUUCUUGAUUCUUUUGCUACUAUGUUUUGAAGUUAUACUAUGUUUCUAAAAUUUCAUGUUUGAUGAGAAAAAAACAUAAUUGAGUUGAAAGUUGGAAACUUUUAGACUCUUGGAAAAAUGGGUUCAUCUUGUUUUUUCCUAAUAUGUGUUCUUCAUUCAACACUAGCUUUAACAUGUGGAUCUUUAAUGGUUUUUUACUCCAAUGAGAUACAUGUCUUAGGACAUGGAACAAAGACAGCAAUUAAGCUUCAAGGGUCAACACCACAUGAUCAAUUAUUGAUUCAAACAUCAGAUUCAUUUUCUGGAUUGUUGUUGUUCAUAAUUGGUUUUCUUGUGUUUAUGGUUUCUUGUGUUAAGGAUAUGGAGUUUCAAAGUUUCUUUGCUAAAGGGUGUGUGUUUCUUCAUAUUUCUAUGGCUGUUUGGAGAUUUUAUUUUGUAGGAAUGGUUAAAGAUCUUGGUUUUGAUUGGCCAAGACAUGCUAUUGGGGAUAUUGCUUUGGCUAUUUCUUGGGUGUUUUUUCUUGUGUAUGUUUGGAGGGAGAAAUAUGAUUAGUUGUUUGUUACUCAAUGUAAAAAAAAAAAUGUAAAUAGAUUAGGGGAAUUCUAGAACAAAAAUAGAAAAUGGAUCUCUCCGGUGGUAGUUUCGUGUCACAAUCGUUAAAUUUAUAGAUAUGAAGUUUUCGUUUUUCUCUUUAAA